AUGAGUUCUGCCUCCAGCGAGCCCGGUGAUGGGGAUGCCACUGCAAAGCAGACCCCACUGGGGCUGGACACCGUGAUCCAGAGGCUGGAGGACACUGUCUUGAGUCCCACGGCCAGCAGAGAAGACCGGGCCCUGACUGUACGUGGGGAAGGCCUGCAGGCUUUGCCCAUGCCUGUACCUGCCCGAAUCCGGGAGAUCGUGGCUGGCAGCCUGCGGGACAAACCACACCAAGGGGUGCAGGGGCUGCUGACUGCCUCGGGCCGUGCGCAGGAGGAGAAUGAGCUCCUGCAGGAGGAGCUGGCCAGGCUGGAGAACCUGCUGGCCCAGGCAGGCACUGAGCAGGACGAGCUGGCCAGCAGGUACCACAUGCUCAGUGAGCGGCUCCAGGCCCGUCUGGAGACCACCGAGGCUCGGCUGCGGAGGUCAGAGCUAGAGCACAGCGUGGACCUGGAGGAGGCCCUGGGCCGUCUGGAGGCCGCUGAGCAGAGGAGCACCGGCCUCUCCCAGGUGAACACCCUUCUGCGGAAACAGCUGGAGCACAUGAAGAAGGCCAACGACAGGCUGGCCGAGGAGCUGGCCAGGACAGCGGACAGUGUGCUCCAUCUUCAGAGCAAGCUGGAGCUGAGGGAGGCGCAGCGCUGGACUGAGAGACAGAUCCAGCACACACACUCAGGGGGGCCCCAGGACUUCCUCCUCCUGUGGAGACAGGUCACUGCACUCCGCAUACAGCUGGCCGAGCUGCGUGCGACCACAGAGAGGGGUCUCACAGACAUGCGAGCGGAGGCGGCCAGGACAGCCUGGCGCCUGCAAACAGCCUGCCUGAACCUUGACUCCAACCUGCGUCUGUCAGCCAGCAGCGGGGCCGGUGCCCUGGAGCAGCAGGCCCUGCAGGCUGUGCAGCUGGAGCGGCAGCUACGGGACAAGGUGCGGGAGAUGCUCCAGCUGCAGGGCCGCUGGGACGCAGAGAAGGUGGCGCUCCAGGCCAGGGUCUCCGAGCAGGCGCUGCUGGUGGAGAAGCUCACAGAGCAAAACUCGAAGAAGGAGGCAACCAUCUCUUCCCUCAGAAUGCAUGUCCAGAAGCUGGUGGCCCGGGCAGACGCCGGGGGCCCGGAGCUGGCGUGGGGUGGCAGCGCUGGAGCUGAGGAGGCCCGGGGCCCGCUGAGGAGGCCCACGCGCUCUGCGUCCCCUCACCAGGGUGUGUCCCCACCGCGGGCCCGCUCCCCGGACACCCCGGACCCCACACUGCAGGCCGUGCAGACAGCCUUUGAGAGGUGGCAGCUGCGGGAGCAGGAACUGCGCCUGCAGCUGGAGUCUUCUCAGGCCGUGGCCGCCAGGCUCCGGGAGCAGCUGUCCGAGAGCCAGCAGGAGCUGCAGGCCUCAAGGAGACUCCUGCAGGAGCGGGUGCGGGAGCAGGUGCGGGAGCGCGAGGACCUCUUGCGCAGGCUGCGGACGCAGAGCCGGGAGGCGCAGCACUGCAGGGCGACCAGUGAGCUCCUGCAAAGCCCCCUGCCUGCUCUGAGUCUCCGUGCCGUCACCUGGGCCCACCUGGGCUGCCUCUGCCCAGGCUCAGCCUAUGCCCUGCCCCCUCCGCCUGCAUCCCCCAGUCAAGGGCGCCUAGAACAGCUGGAGGAGAAGGUCUCGGGGCUCAAGAAGGAGCUGGUGGCAGCCCAGGAGGCGCUGGACUCGGCCCGGCUGCAGAGGGACGUCCUGGACAGCGAGAGGGAGGGUCUGCACAGAGCCCUGGCCCGGGCCGAGUCCAGCAGCACAGACCUGGGACUGCUCGUGACGCGGCUGAAGUCGGAGGGGGUGGAGCAGAGGGACUCCCUGGCCAAGAUGGCAGCCCUGACGGAGGCGCUGGCUCAGGACAAACGCAACCUGAGCCACCUGGUCCUGCAGCUGGAGCAGGAGCGGGACCAGCUGCGGGAGCAGCAGAAGGCGCUGGCGCGGGAGCUGGAGCUCAUGCGGACGGCGCGCGGGGGCCUGCGCCAGGCCUGCGGGCACCUGGAGAAGCAGCUGCAGGGGCAGGCGGCCCAGUUCCAGCAGCAGUGGGCCCAGCUGCAGGAGCAGGUGGGCCAGGUCACAUGCAAGAAACAGGCCUUGGAAGAACAGCUGGCCCAGAGCCUGCAGGACAAGGAGGCCCAGAUGGACACUCUGCAGAGGGCCCUGCAGGAGAAGGAGGCUUUGUCUGAGGAGCAGACCCAGCUGCUGGCCAAACAGCAGACCCUGGAGAGGCAGGUCCAGCUCACAGCUGAGGAGGCAGCUGACCUCAGGGCUGAGAGGGACUCUCUGGAGAGCAGCCUCUUUGAGACCCACCAGCUACUGAGGCAGCUACAGGCACAGCAGGAACAGCUGGAGGGAGAGGCCCAGAGCAUGCAGCUCGCGCGGCAGGCCCUGCAAGUGGAAAUGCAGCAGCUGAAAAGUACCUGGGAGGUCCAGGAGACAAAGCUACAGUGGGACGUGGGGCGGCUUCAGCGGCAAGUGGUACAGCAGGAGCGGGAGAUGCAGCUGGCCCUGGAGAGCCAGGCGCUGGCCCACCACGAGGACCUGGCUCGGCUCCAGAGGGAGAAGGAGAUGCUGAGUCUGUCUCUGACAGAGGAGAAGGAAGCGGCAGCUCGCUGUUUGGAACAGGAGAAGAAGCUGGUAGCAAAGAAUGUAGCCAAGACGGAGGCUCUGAAGGAGGAAAUCCAGAGCUUGAAGCAUGAGAGGGAUGAGAGUCUCCUACAACUGGAACAUGAGAUGAAACAGGCCCUGUCAUUGAAAGAAGCAGAGGGGAGGCUGCUAAGGGAAGAGCUCUCCAAGUCCACGCAGGAGCUGGAACAGGUGCAGCAGAAGGCCCAGAGCCAGCAUGAGCAAGCUGAGGCCACCAUCAGCGCCAUGACCACGGAGCUGAAGGCCCUUCAGGCCCAGUUUGAGGACGCCAUCUCAGCCCAUCAGAGAGAGGCCUCGGCUUUGGGCGAGAGUCUCCGGAAGAUGGCGGCAGAGCGAAGCGACGCCAGGAGAGAAGUGGAGAGGCUGCGGGCCCAGCUGGACGAGGCCCGGGAAGGGCUGGCUGUGCUGCGCCGGGAGCUGCAGGGCAGCGAGGAGAGCCGUGAGGGGCUUCGCAGGGAGGCCCUGGAGGCCCAGAGGGCCCUGGGUGAUGAGGCCCGUGAGAAGGACGUGCUGCGGCGCUCCAACACUGAGCUGCGGGCUGCGAUCCGCAGGGCUGAGCAGGAGAAGGCCAGUUUUCAGAGGUCCAAGGAAGAAGGGGAGCAGAAGGUGCUGGUCCUGGAGGAGGCGCGAGCUGUGGCCCAGAAGGAGGCCUGUGAGCUGCGGGCCAGUCUGAGGGAGGUGGAGCAGGCUCAGGCAGAUGCCCACCGGGAGCUCCAGGGGCUGGGCAGGCAGGUGAACAUGCUGGAGGCUGAGAACCGGAGAAAGAGCCAAGAGGUGAGCCAGCUGCAGGUCCGGGGCGCUCAGGACGCCCAGCAGCAGAGCCAGCGGGAGGGGCUGCAGGCGCAGAGGUUGGCCGCGGAGGUGGCCCACGAGGGCACCCUGAGGGAGGUCCUGAGCCUGCAGCAGAAACUGGCGGAGGUGGAGGCCGCAGCAGAGGCCCAGAAGCAGCGGCUGGAGGAGCGUCUCUGCCAGAGCCAGGGGGCCGAGCAGACCGUCUGGGCUGAGCUUCGCACCACCCCCAGGAGGCUGCAGCGGGCCAGGGGGGCGGCUGAGGGCCUGCAGGCUCGCCUGGAUGAGGCCUGCCGCCGGGUCCACAGCCUAGAGCAGACGCUAGCUCAGGCUGAGGGUGCCAGGCGGCAUUCGGAGGGCCAGCUGAGCCAGCUGUGGUCCACGCUGUGCCAUGGCCUGGGGCUCCGGGGACAGAGCCCCUCAGGUUUCCCUGAGCGGCCCAGCCUCCCCAGGAAAGGCUCAGAUGGCCUCCAGGCUCGCUCCCCGCGGCAGAGGGCCAGCCCCCCCGCCCGGUCCCGCUCCCCACUGCGAUGGCCCUCACCUGCACCUGGGGACCACAGCCCGGAGGUGGACGUGGACUCUGUGCGGGACGCCCUGCGGGACUUGGUGCAGCAGCUGCGGGAUGCCCGGAGGGAACGGGACGACUGGCACUUCCAGGCGGUAAGCCUGAGCAGCCGGCUGAGUGAGGCAGAGAGCGAGCGUGCCCAAGCCCAGAGCCGCGUGGGGCAGCUACAGAAGGCGCAGGCAGACGCGGAGGAAGCUUGGCGCCAGGCGGAGGCUGAGAUGAGCAGCACCCAGGCGGCGCGGGCCCUGCAGGAGGAGGCGCUCCAGAGGCUGGAGCUGGAGUACCUGGCGAGCACGCGGGCAGCCGGCCGGGAGAAGCGGAGGCUGCAGGAGCAACUGGACGCGCUGCACAGGGCACUGGAUGAGAGCAGAAGGCACGGCCAGAGCCUGGCCCAGAGAGCGAAGCUGCUGGAGGAGCACGUCGCCCGCCUGCAGCGCAGAUGCCAGGAGCCCUUGCCGCAGGGGCCGGAAGCUGUGUGCGGGGAGCAGGCAAGGGAGCGGCACAGGGGUCUGCGGAUGGCGCAGCCCCUCCUACCGCAGCGCUGGCCCCGGCAAGCGUCCAGCCAGGGCCUGUCAGAGGCCGCCUCAGAUCCGGGAGAUCCCCGAGCUGGCCACGGCAUCCCCUGCUCACCGAGACCUGCAAAGACCGGCUUUAUGCGGGGCACACUCGUCUGGGCGCUGUGGCCCAAGGGCAGAGGGGCCAGGGGACCAGACAUCCCAGGCGUGGCCUCACCACGCCGAGUCGUAGCCUAUGGAAUGAAUGACAAGGAGAUGGAGCAGGGGAUGCUGAGGAAGGACAGGGACCCGGCCCGGCCAGGGGCCAAGAAGGAAGUGGCCAGUCUGAAGAAGCAGCUGGACCAGGAGGUGCCUCGGCAGCAAUAA